AUGGAGGGUCAAACUAUACUUGCACAAAAUUAUCUGAUAAGGCCAACUCAAGAAGUGACAGAUGACUGGUACCAGUGGAAGAACUACCAAUAUGUACUGGCCUUUCUCUUUGCCAUUGAGGAGAUCAAUAAGAGCCCCCAUUUGCUCCCUAACCUUUCCCUGGGUUAUGAUCUCUACAAUGCAUUUAGCAGUGACAAAAGAACUUUAGAAAAUGCUGUGUUUUUGCUCUCUGGAAGGAAUCAGACCCUGCCAAACUACAACUGCCAGACACAGAAACAAGCUGUUGCUAUCAUUACAGGAAACAUGUCAACAUUUUCAGCCCAAGUGGGAACCCUUAUGGAACUCUAUAAAAGCCCACAGGUCACAUAUGGUCCUUUUGACCCCAUCCUAAAUGAUAAAGACCAAUUUCCAUCAGUUUAUCAGAUGGCCACCAAGGACAGCUCUCUAACUCAUGGAAUCAUCUGCUUGUUGCUGCAUUUUGGCUGGAUGUGGGUGGCACUCUAUGUAUCUGAUGAUAUGCAAGGGGAGCAGUUCCUCCAGGAUGUAAAGGCAAAGAUGAUAGAAAAAGAUAUCUGUGUGGCCUUUACAGAAAAGCUCCCUGCCACUAAAGGUCUCAUUUUAGAUCAUGAGUUUACUCUUCUUCAUCCAUUUCUGAGGAAAAGCCAACUGACAAACAGCAUUGGGUACAACAUGUCCCUGGAUGACAAAAGAAAUACGAUACAGUAUGAUAUCCACAACCUUGUGAGAUUUCCUAAUCACAGUUGGCUGUUUGUUAAAGUAGGAGACUUUAUCUACAGGAAUUCCCAUGAUCAAGGUUUGAUCAUCAGAGAAGAGAUGAUAAACUGGUCUGUUAAUUUCAAAGAGACCCCAGAGUCUGUGUGUAGUCACAGCUGUGUUCCUGGAUUCUGGAAAAUUCCUCAAGAAGGAAGACCUGUUUGCUGUUUUAUUUGUGCUUCUUGCCCAGACUCAGCAAUUUCAAAUCAAACAAAUUCAAAGCAGUGUGUCCAGUGCCCAGCUCAAGAGUAUCCAAACAGUGAGAAAACUCACUGCCUCCCCAAGCCUGUGACAUUCCUGGCUUUUGAGGAUUCUUUGGGGACAGCCAUGGCCUGCAUAGCUCUGUGCUUCCUUGUUCUCACAGCUGUAAUUUUGGGGAUCUUUAUGAAGCACAGAGACACUCCCAUCAUCAAGGCCAACAACCAGGCUCUUAGCUUUAUUCUGCUCAUCUCCCUCCUGCUGUGCUUCCUCUGCUCCUUGCUCUUCAUUGGCCAUCCUAACACAGCCACCUGUGUCCUCCAACAAGUCACAUUUGGCCUUGUGUUCACUGUAGCUGUUUCCACUGUUCUGGCCAAAACAAUUACUGUGAUUCUGGCAUUCAGUGCCGUGAAACCUAGAAGAACAAUGAAGUGCUUGCUGCUCUCAGGGGCUUCUAAUUCCAUCAUUCCCAUUUGCUCCCUGAUUCAAAUGAUUAUCUGUGGACUCUGGUUGGGAAUCUCUCCCCCUUUCAUUGACAUAGACUCACACUCUGAGCCCAGAAACCUCAUCAUUGUGUGCAACAAGGGCUCAGUGACUGCCUUCUACUGCGUCCUGGGCUACCUGGGCUUCUUGGCUAUGGGAAGCUUCACUGUGGCUUUCCUGGCCAGAAACCUGCCUGACACAUUCAAUGAAGCCAAGUUCCUCACAUUCAGCAUGCUGGUGUUCUGCAGUGUCUGGGUCACAUUUGUCCCCGUCUAUCAAAGCACCAAGGGGAAGUUCAUGGUGGCUGUGGAGGUGUUCUCUAUCUUGGCCUCCAGUGCAGGGCUUCUAGGCUGCAUCUUUGUGCCCAAGUGUUACAUUAUUCUGAUAAGGCCUGAUGAGAACUCCUGGAAAGCUUUAAAAAAUAGAAAGAAUUCCAAAUAAAACAGACAUUUAUAA